GCCCCCCACCCUCAGCCCCUGGGCUCCGCGGGAGAGGCAGCCCGGGGCUCCUUCUUGUCCGGGCAGUGGGGAAUGCAAUCAUGUUCACACCUUGACCAUUAUCUUCUUCUGUGGAACCCAAACUUGUUAGUUCUCACAGAGGUAUUAUUGAAGAGUAAAACUGGCCUAUCUGCACUUUGGCUUCCUGUCACUGUCUGAUCUCUGUCCCUCACAUGAGCUGCUGCUGUGAUACCAACUGUCAAAAAGCCCUCACCAGAGGAUGAAUUUUGGACUAUCAACCUCCAAAACUGCUCUUCGAGUGCCUGCCAUGAGAAGAGCCCGGGCUUCCCCUGCAAUAGAAUGCUCCUUCUCAGUGAGUAGGUACUUUCCUGGAAGGACUGGUGAGCAUCUGACAGACAACAAGGAAGAUGUCAGAGUUUUCCAUUUAGAGCAACAACUUCAAGUUCUUACCAUGGACAAAUCAGAGAAAACUGAAGUGGUUCUUCUUGCUUGUGGUUCAUUUAAUCCAAUCACCAACAUGCACCUCAGAUUAUUUGAGCUGGCCAAGGAUUACCUGAAUGGAACAGGAAAAUAUAGAGUUAUCAAAGGCAUAAUUUCUCCUGUUGGUGAUGCAUAUAAGAAGAAAGGGCUCAUCCCUGCCCACCACCGAAUCAUCAUGGCAGAACUUGCCACCAAGUCUUCCAACUGGGUGGAGGUGGACACGUGGGAAAGUCUUCAGAAGGAGUGGACAGAGACUGUUAAGGUGCUGAGACACCAUCAAGAGAAGCUAGAGGCUGGCAACUGUGACCAAAGGCAGAACUCGCCUGUGGUUGAAAGGUCUGGACGCAAGAGGAAGUGCUUGGAAGAAAGACAGGAUUCUAGUCAGAAGAAAUCCCUAGAGCCCAAAACAAAAGGUGUGCCAGAGGUGAAGUUGCUGUGUGGGGCAGAUUUACUAGAGUCCUUCGGUGUGCCCAAUUUGUGGAAGAGUGAGGAUAUCACCCGAAUCGUGGCAGACUAUGGGCUCAUAUGUGUCACUCGGGAUGGAAGUGAUGCUCAGAAAUUCAUCUAUGAGUCCGAUGUGCUGUGGAAACACCAGAGCAACAUUCACCUGGUGAACGAGUGGAUCCACAACGACAUCUCGUCCACAAAGAUCCGGAGAGCCCUCCGAAGGGGCCAGAGCAUUCGAUACUUGGUACCAGAUCUGGUCCAAGAAUACAUUGAAAAGCAUGAUUUGUACAGCUCUGAGAGCGAAGACAGGAAUGUUGGGGUUGUCCUGGCUCCUUUGCAGAGAAACACUGCAGAGGCGAAGUCAUAGAAAUGCUACAGCUUGACAGUUUGGAUCACUCUUCUGGAGAUUUUAAACAAUCUGGUGUUGUAACUCAGGAAAGAAAUCUUUAUCUUUCAUAAACAAAAUUUUAAAAAUCUGAUAAAAGUCCGCUGGAAAUUAAAGUAAGAUUUAUGUUUUCUUUUUAUCAGAGUGGCUAAGAUGAUAAUAAGGCCUUAAAUAAGGCCUUAAAAAAAAAAAAAAGAAUGUACAAAUCCCUUUAUUUUUAAGAGACUA